GAAUCGAUUCUUAGCCAUGUAGAUGAUCAAUCAACUGCAAUUAUUCAUAGUAAAGAAUAUGGUCUAUGGUUUUAUUCUUUUGGACUUUAUGAUUCCAAUAGCCUUAAAAAAUGUUGUUACCGUAGAAAUAAAAACACUUAUCAACUGUCAAUCAGAAAUUCAGAGAAUAAAAUGUUUUUAAUAGAAGUGAAGCUGUUACAAGGACGAACAUCAGGUUACUCUUUAUUGUCCUUUAAUCAAUUACAACAUUAA